UGGGAGACAGGAAAGGAAGGCAGCGCGGCGUCGCUGCGGGAGGGCUCCGCCGGGGCGGGGGGUGCCAUGUCUCGCGAGCGGUCCCCCCGCACCGACAUUCCCCGCAACCUGAGCUUCAUCGCCGCGCUGACAGAGCGCGCCUACUACCGCAGCCAGCGGCCCAGCCUCGAGGAGGAGCCGGAGGAGGAGCCAGGCGAAGGCGGGACGCGCCUCGGGGCCCGAUCCCGAGCUCCUGCUCCGAGUCGGGGGCGCAGGGCUCGCUCUGCGCCCGCCGGAGGCAGCGGUACCCGGGUGCCCCACAGCCGCAGCCCCGACACCCGUAAGAGAGUGCGUUUCGCCGACGCGCUUGGGCUGGAGCUGGCCGCGGUGCGCCGUUUCCGCCCGGGAGAGGUGCCCCGGGUACCCCGCCACGUGCAGGUCCAGCUGCAGAGGGACGCCCUUCGCCACUUCGCGCCGUGCCAGUCCCGCGCCCGAGGUCUCCAGGAGGCGCGCGCUGCCCUGGAGCCGGCCAGCGAGCCUGGCUUCGCGGCCCGCUUGCGGGCGCAGCGAAUCUGCCUGGAACGCGCCGAGGCGGGCCCGCUGGGCGUGGCCGGGAGCGCGCGCGUGCUGGACCUGGCCUACGAGAAGCGCGUGAGCGUGCGCUGGAGCGCCGACGGCUGGCGGACCCAACGAGAGGAGCCCGCCGCCUACGCCGGUCCGGCACCGCCCCCGCCGCGCGCCGACCGCUUCGCCUUCCGCCUGCCGGCGCCACCCAUUGGUGGCGCCCUGCUUUUCGCCUUGCGCUACCACGUUAGCGGCCACGAGUUCUGGGACAACAACGGCGGCCGUGACUAUGCUCUACGUGGGCCCGAGCACCCGGGCAGUGGUGGAGCCCCGGAGCUACAGGGCUGGAUCCACUUUAUCUGA